AUGUCCAGCCUCUCGCACAAAGGCCACGUUCUUCCGGCCGGCAGGCGUAAAGCGCGGCCUUCGCUCACAAUUACUAUCCCACCCCUCCGUAGUUACUCAUCCAUACAGCUUACACCGUCUACGCCACCCGCGCCCUCCACGUCCAUCCGCAGGCACCUACCCGUCGCGUUUGACGCAUUACUCCUUUUGUGGUGUGCAAUUUCGCUCUGGUUCGAGCAUACACUUGGCGAAUCGGUGCUUGAUGCCGCAGGCCUUCGGGGGCCCGUGGCCGACGAAGGAUGGGCGGCCGAUGUUACGGAGAUGGUGAGUCCGGGCGUGGCAGCUACUUAUGCUCCAGGUGCGCUGGAUCGGAUGGUGGCGCGUGUCACAGGGAUGGCGCGGGCGCGUGCGGUUGGAAUACAGGCCGACGCAACUGAGGCCGUGGUACAGGACACUGUGAAGGAUGCAACCUCAGACGAAGACGUCCAGUUUCGGCCAUUGGAGAUCUGGUUCAUCAUGUCUCUGUGCUGCAUGAUGUUCGUGGGUGUGCUGGUAUUGCUUACAGAGACGCUCGCUGGUUCGUUGCAUGAGAACCGUGACCACUUGUUCCGAAAGGUUCGCCAGGGAAGAAUUGCGGCGCUUGGUAUGAGCCUACUUACCGCGGUGCCGCUGAGCGUCUUGAUUCUGGAAAAGCCGAUGGCGUGGGUACUGCACUGGUGCAAAAUGCUGGUGGACUGGCAGUCGCUAGUCCAUCGCAAGGCUGACUAG